UUCACCGAUGCGAUUCGGUUCCCGACGUUCACCAAAAAGAUCCGUUUGUUCGGGAACUACCCAUCACUACUGUCAUCUGAGAGCCGGGGGGGAGGAAGAAAGAUGGAAGGGAACAGAGACGAAGCAGAAAAAUGUAUAAAUAUAGCCACUAAAUCUCUUGAAGCAGGAGACAAAGACAAGGCGGUGAAAUUCUUAAACAAAGCAGAGAAGCUCUAUCCAACCUACAAAGCGAAAGCCUUGUUGGACACCUUGACGAGGAACGGUAGCUCUGCGGGGAAUGGCGGGCACUGCAGACAGCGUACUACAGACAGCUCCUCAGAGAGCACCAAGGCCCGGGCUGGUGGGCAGGACCAGGAGGCCGGAGGAGGCGAGCCCAGCACCAAGGGCUUCACCAAGGACCAGGUGGAGGGAGUGCAGAGGAUAAAGCGGUGUAAGGAUUACUAUGAAGUCCUGGGCACCAGUAAGGAGGCCAAUGAGGAGGAGCUGAAGAAAGCCUACAGGAAACUAGCACUCAAGUUCCACCCAGACAAAAACCAAGCCCCCGGAGCUACAGAGGCCUUCAAAAAGAUCGGCAACGCCUACGCCGUGCUUAGCAACCCAGACAAGAGAAAGCAGUAUGACCUCACGGGGGCGGAGGAGCCUACCAGCCCUGGCCACGCCCACAGCCAAGGGUUUGACUUCCACCGGGGCUUCGAGGCCGACAUCACUCCCGAGGACCUCUUCAACAUGUUCUUCGGAGGAGGAUUCCCCUCUUCGGCUGCCCACACGUUCACCAACGGCAGGACGCGAUACAGCCAGCAGACGGACCAAAGACGGGAGAGAGCAGAGGAGAGGGGAGAGGGAGGGUUCUCCAUGUUUAUCCAGCUGAUACCCAUCGUUGUACUGAUCCUGGUGUCCAUCUUGAGCCAACUGAUGGUGUCUACUCCCCCCUACAGCCUCUACUCCAGACUGUCCACGGGGCAGACGGUUAAACGGCAGACGGAGAACCUGCAUGUAGAUUACUACGUCAACAGAGACUUCAAGACAGAGUACAAGGGCUCCAAUCUGCAGAAGGUCGAGAAGAACGUGGAGGAGGACUACGUGUCUUAUGUCAGAAACAACUGCUGGAAGGAGAGGCAGACGAAAACGGACUUGCUGUACGCUGCUAAGGUCUACAGGGACGACCGCCUGCGUAAGAAGGCUGAGCUGAUGACCAUGGAUAACUGCAAGGAGCUGGACAGACUAAAUGACCUGUUCAGGGGGGGCUGAGCCCGCCUGACGCCGCAGGCUCCCACAGGACGCUUUUAAAAGAGAUAUAUAUAUAUAUAUAUAUGUAUGUAAAUGUUUUUUUUUUUAAGGAAAAACCAUGGAGAUUAAAAGGAGGAAAAAUAUAAAAAGUGAUUAGCCUUACUGUUGAAGUUGUAAGUUGUCCCCAUCCCUCCCCCAGUAGCCAUCUUUCCAUCCUCCUCACCACCCCCUCCUCCCUGGGAACUGCCUUGCUGCAUCUCAAUGAACCAACUGAAGAAUAGACCAACCUCUUUCUCGUCUCUUUGCUUGUCCUUUUUGUGUUUUUUGGAAAUAAGAACCCACUCUGGGAAUGAACACUGACUGUAAAAGCAGAAGGCUUUGUGGUGGUGCCUCUUGAGUAUUGAAGCGCCAAGCAUUCUGCUGUAACAAGCAAAUCACAAUCUUCUUCACUCUAGAUAACUACUUCACCUGCUUGACUUAAAACAAGACUUUUAGGCUCAUCUGGAGAUGCUGCCCUCCUUCCAAUCCAUACAUUAGCAGUGCUAGUAUUGUGAGGAACCCAGAGAAUGCUUCCUAGCUACCACGGUGGAACCUACAGUGGAACCUUGUGUGGAGUUCCAUGGACCUUGAAGUUCAUUCCGCAGAUGAAGAAAUGGCCACGGUCUCACUUGAACUUUUUUGGCCUGGGGAAAAAAUGUGAAGUUGGAACCAUAAUCUUCAUCAAUUGCUGUACAUUUUUCAUUUUGAAUGUUUGAAAAUUUAUGGAGUUAUUUAAGUAUGAAAAACAAGGGUUUUCUUCAUUGCUCGAAUUAAUCAUUUGAAUAAACAAUAAAUUAUUACCAGAA